CGACGCAGGAUCAAAUCCUUAGAGAAAUUAUAUCAAUUCACAAUUAUUACAAGUCGCGAUUAUACAAUAAAAUUUAAAGUUUUAUUAUUAUAUUAAAAAAUAAAAUAUAUGUCUUGCUUAUACCAGCAUUAAAAUCAUUGUUGUGAUAUAUUUUAUAAAUUAAUUUAAAUUACUCACAUAAUAGUUAAAUUCAAUUAUUUUGUAUAAAGUGUACAAUGAUCUAGAAAAAUUAUAUCAUACAAGUGAUUAGCUAGAAUCAAUGAUUAAUAUAUUAAUUAUUAAAUUGUGAAAAAAAUAAAAAUCAAGGAUUUUUUUUACAAUAACUUUGUGAUUAUUUUUUCAUUCAUUGAGAAACAUUGAUAACCAGGAACAUGGUUGUACAGAGCCGAGUGGGCUCGCCGACAAUGUCAGCGACUGUUGCCAAUAAUCAACAACAACAACAUCCACAUCAAGAAUGGGAUAUUAAUGAUUCAAAUGUACCGAGGGUCGCAGAGUAUGAUUCGUGGUCCGAGUGGGCAGACGGACAUGUUCGAAAAGUGUAUGGACCGGAUUGCGAAGAAGCCCGGAGGCAUGCUUCCGGCUGGGCAAUGCGAAAUACCAACAAUCACAAUGUCAGUAUAUUAAAAAAAUCAUGUCUUGGUGUAUUGGUUUGUUCACAACACUGUUAUUUACCAAGUGGUAAUCAAGUACAUUUGAGACCAGCAAUUUGUGACAAGGCAAGAAAAAAACAACAGGGAAAACCUUGUCCAAAUAGACAAUGUAAUGGAAAAUUGGAAAUACAAUCAUGCAGAGGUCAUUGUGGUUAUCCAGUAACCCACUUUUGGCGACACACUGAACACGCAAUAUUUUUUCAAGCAAAAGGACUUCAUGAUCACCCAAAACCCGAGGCUAAAUCAACAUCUGAAGCAAGACGAAGUGCAGGAAAUGGACGAAGAGUACGAGGUCUUGCUGUUAUAUUAGCGCGUGAUGCUGCCCUAGGCUCAAAGUUAUUAUCAUUGCGAGGGAUUAAACGGCCAAGUACUGAAAAUCUUGAAUUAAAUCAACUCAACAUUCAGCAACAGCAACAGCCACAACAACCACCACCACCACCACUCAUUUCCGAUAAAGGAUAUUCGUGUUCAUGUCCACCGUUUGAGUGUUUAUGCAAUCAACAACAAAACAUGUCAUCCUAUCAACAACAUCAACAACAACAACAACAGCAUUAUCAACAUCAAACAACAUAUACACAAAAUAAUAAUAAUCAUCAUUUACAACAUCAACCAAGUAUGGCAAAUAAUGAGCAAUCAUUUUGGCUUCAAGAACCAAUACAAAAUCAUCAUCAUCAUCAUGAAGAUACACUUGGUUAUUGUCUUCCAAGUCAAGUACCACAAGAGCCAUCAUAUCCAUUUAUUCCAAAUGAAGACGGUGAUUUUGCAACAUUAUUUCCAUCAAGUGAUGAUUUAUUUCAACCAGAAGAAAUAUUUCAACUUGAUCAACCACUUAGAUCUGAUUAUACACAAAAUUCACAAGAUAUACUUGGAACAAGAUCACCACCAUCAUUACUAGAUCUUGGUAGUGGUAUUAUUAAAUAUGAAAUUGCUAAUAAAAAUGAUGAUCAACAACAACAACAACAUCACCAACAUCAACAACAACAUCAACAACAACAACAACAUCUUCAUUAUCAUCAUUAUUGGCCACAAAUAAUGAGUGAUGAUUCAAACAGCAGCUGUAGCAUUCAAACAAAUGACAAAUCAAUUAAUUAUUCACAAUUCAAUAAUAAUAAUAAUAUUAAAAAUUAUACAACUGAUGAAUCAGCAAAAUAUAAAUUAACAAAUACAAAUAAUAAUUAUAUAAAUUGUUAUGAUAAACCACCAAUAAAACAAAGAAAAUUUAGUGCAGAUAAUCAAGAACAAUUAUACUGGAAUCAAGAUAACAAUAAAUUAAAUUAUCAAAAUGUUUAUAUAUUAAAUAAUACAAAUAAUUUUCAUAAUAAAAGUCAAACAAUAAUUGAUACAAGCCCUGAGCCUUCUUAUUCACUUAAUUAUGGUCAUUUAGAAGAACCAGAAAUUGUCAUUGAUUCAUUAGAACAUGGUGGUGAUAAUUACAAUUGUAAUUCACUUUCACAUAUUGAUAAUAAUCAACAAUCAUCAAGAUUAUCAUCUAAUCAGACAAGUAUCAAUAAUCAUCAUAAUCAUCAUCAUCAUCAAUAUGGUGAUGUUGAUUUGGAAUGUCAGCCAUUUGUUGAUUAUACAUAUAUGGGUAUGUUGUGCAAUUCAGGAUCAAGAAUAUUAACGACGACAACAACUGGUAAUGGUGGUGCUACUGAUGCUGAUGAUAAUCAUAAUGUAAACAUAAAUAACAAUCAUUGCAAUCAAACAGUAGCUCAACUCUAUGUUUCUCGUCAAUAAUAUAUUUAUAUAUUUUUAUCAAUUUAAUUAGUUUUAGUAUUAUUAUUAUUGAUAAAGAGUUUUAAUCAUUGUUCAAUGAUCAAUGUGAUUAUUUUUAAGUUACAACAAAUAUAUAUGUAUUAUACUAUAAUAAUAAAUAAGCAAAAUGAACUGAUAUUAAAUCAAUCAUCUUUUUAUUGACCUAUUUAUGCUAAUUAUAUUUUACUUGAUUUACUCACAAUAUUUCGUUGUUUUUGAUGAUGACAAUUCAACACGUUGACGCUUUGUUUUCUAUUUUUUUCACCAACAAUAAAUUAUAAUUUAUAAUACACAAUAAAUUAACAAAAAUAACAACUAAA